CUGUGACGUCAGGUAAUCGGAAUCUACGGUAGAGCUGGGAUGAUUCUUUGGUAUAAAAAGGCAGCGUUGACCAUCCGAUGUCACACUCUUCAACUCUUCCUUUACAGCAGACUUAAAGCUUUGCUAAGCUUAUAGCUUCAGGAUGAUCAGCUUGGUAUUAUUUUCUUGCCUCCUGGCUUCUUGCUUUGCACAAUACCCAUACAACCAAAAUCAAUAUGCACCCCAGCCGCAGCACAAUCAGCAUGCCAACCCAGCUCCAGUGCACUACGUGAGUAUUGGCGCACAACUCCAAGGUGAUUACAAAUUUGGAUACAAUACCGGAAAUGACGGUAGUUUCCGAGAAGAGACCAGAAACCCUGAUGGCUCAGUAUCUGGUGCCUACGGAUACAUCGAUGCUUCUGGCAAACAGCAAGUCAUUCGAUACACUGCUGGAAAAGAUGGUUUCAAGGCUGAAGGUGAUGCUAUCCCUAAGGCUCCACCAGCACCCCAGCCAGUCGCUCCUCAACCUGGAUACCAGCCUCAACCUCAGUACCAACCUCCUGCUCAGUAUCAACCCCAGCCUUACAACAACUACGUUCAGCCUCAGCAAACUCAAGCCUACCCUCAAUACACACCACCCCAGCAAUAUAACCAGCAACAAUCUGGUUCUUACAACCCUUUCGCCCAUAACACCGCUCCUGGACAACCUGUUGGCAGCCAACUGAAUCUGUUAUCCUAUAAUAUCGGUGGAGGCCAGCCUAACCGUUACCAAGGUUGAAGAAUUCGAUAGGCGCAAGAACUGUUUCUCGGAUAUACUUCAUCGUACAUCCAAUUAACAAAAUUUAUUGAGAAGAACCUCCUUCAAAUAAAAGAAAAAGGUUUGAUGAAUUCAUGAUAUACAAAAGGUAUUUGAGUAUCAGUUUAACUGGAUAUCUUGAAUUCAUGUAUAACUCCUACUUUUCAUCCGAUUGCUCAAUGCUACUAUUUUAUAUGCAAUAUAUUAUUUGAAAAUGAAACUUCAGCAAAAUUGCUUUGCCUGCCUGUAUAUUUCUGCAUGCCCAGAUUACGCAGGAUACGGUGCCAAAUCUUACUUCUAUGUUCGUUUAUGUCCUCUUAAUUUGAAAGUUUUCGUUUAUGUUUCUUUGUUGAUUAUGAAAUGCUCUUUUAAUGAUUAUUGUUUAUAUAUUUGUUUAUCUCUCGAUUAGAGAAAAAUAAGAUUUAUUAAGUGAUUUUAUUAUAUGUUAAUUUUUAUUAAAUCCUUUUAACUUACGAAAGGAAUUACUAUUCCAUAUCGCAUAUACAUUUAAAUUUAAUGUAAAACGCUUAUGAUUAUAUUAUCUGUUUCAUAUAUUUACAGCAGUUCGAUGUGAAAAUGCAAUUUUGGAAUUUUUAAAUUUAAUUUCUUAAAUUCGUAUUAUUUGAUUUAUAUUGAUUUCUAUCUGCCGAAAUUUUAUUUAAAUUUCAGAGACAUGUGUAAUUUAUUAUAUCCGAAAUUAUUAAAGCGUCAAAUAUAUUGCAUAAAUAUUCAUCAUCACAUCAGAAAUUAAUAAAGGUAAUUAAAUUAUUUUAUACAUAUUCACCGUAUAUGCAGUCAGAAAACAAAUACCCAAUAUAAAUGCAGUAAAAUGUCCGCUGAAGUCCUAUAACGUUUAAAAUAUGAACUUCAUUAAGUAUCUAACAUAUAUUUCAUUUUUUCUUUCUCUUAAUGUCUUUGGAUUCGCUUGUUUAUUUUACACUUUUUCUAUACAAUAUUAGCAUGUUUCCCAGCGCUUCUAAACAAAUAACGUUCUAUAUUUUAAUUUUUACAUCUCUGAGCUCUUAUAAAAUUGCUUUUAUGUUUCGUGUUCUUAAAUUUUCAUUUUUGAUUUCUCUGCUUUCGUUCCAUGUAAAAAAUGAAUAUUUAAUGAUGUGACAAUGUUUGCAUCAUAUUCCUGCUAUAUAAGUAUGUAUAUAUAUUUGAACUGACUAUUAUGAACAUAAGCUUUAUACAAAAUUUAGUUAUUCAAAUAUUUCUUUUUCCAUGUGGUAACUGAGGAUUAUGGCGUAAAUACUGAAAUGAAUAUUUACUUUUCUUGUUACUAUUCGGAAAACAUUAAUUAAUAUAUGGAUUCAACAUUUACCUAUAAUAUGCCCAUGUUUGCCUGCAUAAAUAUUUGCAUUCCGUUACACAUUUUUAAAGGAACUUUCUUAUAACAAAAUUUAAUUUAAAUUUCCUCGAAUUUAAAUAUAUUAAGAAUAUAUUCUUAUGAAAAUAAUUUUUAUGUUUUAUUCCUCGCAUAUUUUUUAUGGAAAUACUUGCAUUAAUGUUUAAACUUAAUUUGAUUCUGAAGCCUUUUUUUAGAUGAGUUCUGAGAAUUUCUUUGUCUUUUCAUGUAUUUCAAUUUGCAUGUUAUUUACUUUACAUAAUUUUUCUGCUCUUCGGUUAUUUUUUGUUUAUUCUUCUCCCUCCCUCCUCGCUGCCAUAAUUCAAUUUUCAUGCUUUGAAAUAUAAGAGUUUCGAAAUUUUUACUCAGCAUGUUUAGCUCUAUGUUUUUGAAGCAGCUUUCUUAUCUUUAUUUUUGUUUUCCUUUUUCCUGCUUUAGAUGUUUAUUUCUUUAAUGUCUCGCAAUUUUUCCGCUUCUGGUAAUCUAAUAUAAUUUCUGCAGUUCAUUUUCUACUUUCUUUUGAAUCUCGUCGGAAUUUAUAAUUUGGAACUAUUUCUUUUGCUUCGCCGCUGGAAUUUAAUUUGUGUUUUUGUCGUCCAUUUAUUAACAAACGUUUUGUCAUUUUUGUUUACUAAAUCUUUGCUGUGUGUCACAGAGUGUUUUUUACCCCCAAAAUAUUUUAGACUAAAUUACUUGCGCUUUGAUAAAGCAAACAUAAAAAGUUACUUAAAAAAAAAAGAUUGAAUGCGUAAUGAAAUUGAAAGCAGAAUAAAAAAACAGUAUAAUACCUUUAUAAUAAUGCAAGCUGAAAGCGAAUUUUCCCUUUGUAUUUGAUGGGAAAGAAUAAAUAUAAACGUUUUCGAUUACUGAUUUUAGAUAGUUGUUAUUAUUUUUACAGGAAUUCAUAUUAGAAUAUGACUUUUUUUUUUUUUUGAGCGUCUGUUUAGUUAACGUAGCACUUCAUUCCCAUUUUUAUGAAAAUAUUUGACUGCAAAAUAUCUAUGUUAUAGAGAAACAAAUUCAUUUUCUUUCGCAUAAAUAAUUCUUACGAACUUCCAAAAUGUAAGUCCCAUUUUUGCGAAAAUAUAAUUCCUGUGAGUAUGAACAUAUAGGCAAAACUAAAGAUAUUUGAAGCUGUAAAAAUAUGUUUUCACAUUAUAGGAUUAAACUUUGAUCUUAGCCGCAGUUCUAUCAAUAAAUUGUUUUAAGAUGCUUGGAAAUAAAUUAUUUCGGUACCAGUCAAUUAAACUAAAAUUUUGCUUUCCAUGAAUUCUACCAAGUUUUUACAACAAUGAAAGUUUUAUUCUGCAAAAUUUUCUCUUCCAUACAACAAUUAUGGAAAUUAAAAUUUUUUAAUAAACUUCACAGGCUUUAAAUUUUCAUAAUUCUAGAACUCUUAAAUUUCUACCAAGUUUUAUACAUUUCUUUUGAAUCAGUUUAAAGAACUGUGCUUACAGCCUUUAAUUUGAAUAUUUUCAAAAUUUGCAUAAUAUUCGUAUCAUAAAUAACGCUCGCAUUUGUAAUCACAUAAUAAAUAAAUCUACAAAUAUAACUUUAAUUAUGUAAAUAUAAUUAAAAUUUAUAAAAGGAUCUAGUUCUAAAUGCCGCAUUGCUUUUGUUAGAAUAAAUUAGUAUCACUUUUAUAUAAUGAAACUCGGUAAUGUCAAAAGAAAAAAAACUAGCGCCAAACGAUGUAUAUAUUGGCGAGACAAAUGCAAAAAGUCUUAAAAAGUUUUUGUGCUAACGUUGUAUUUGUGCUUCAUUCCUUUUCAUGUUAUUUUCUUUUGUGCAAUAUACUUCUGAUAAUAUUGCUUAAUAGGUAAGCCUGAUGCUGUUUAAAAUUUAUAAUGAAUCUCUUGUAAGUUCUAUAUUUCAACACUUCCAUUUAAAUUUUUGUAAAGAUUGUUAACCUUUGAUUUGUAUUCUACCUGUGUUCUAUCUGAGCUAAGCAAACUUUCUAACUUGUUAAAUAAAGAUUUCAUAGUUAUUCUAAUUAUUCUUUAAUAAAACUGUGCUAAACAGAGGAUAUUGUGCCUUAACUGUGUUAAAUACAUGAAAUAUCAGCUUUACUUAAUAAAAUUUUCCUUUAAAUGGUUCAAUAAUAUAAUUAUUGAAAAUCCAUUUUGAAGUUUUAUAACAAAUAUAUUUGUGCUGUUUUGUGUUUUCACAUUCUGUUCAAUCUAGCAUUAGAUUUCAACAGAUAUCUUCCUUUGCCAUUGAACUUUUGCAUGUAGCUGCAACUUCUGCUUGUAAUGAACAUGCUGCUUAGUAAUUGCUUCUGCUUGUAAUUACAUGCUGCUCAAGCAUUAGAAAUAGUUCUGUUUCUGUGAUUUACAUCGUUUUUCAAUAGAAAGCGUACUUUAUAAUAGGUUUGUUGACAGUUAAAUGAAUUAAGUGUUCCUGAUAUUGAAGAAACACGAUGAUUUCCCCCAGUUAUUUGAUUUAGUCUUUUAAGGAGCCAUCUUAAGUUUAUACAUGCUCUUUAGAAUAUUAGCAUUUUAAAUCCGGUGAACAUAUUCUUUUUACCACUUUUUAAACAAUUAUGUGCAUCUUUAUUUCAGCGGACUUCAUUAAAAAGCUUUUAGGCGUUAUUAUUAUUUCCACAGAGUGCUAUUUUUGAAUUAAAAAUGCACAAAUUUUGUUUUAAAUGAAUGAAUUUGCUUUUAAGAUAUUUAACUUGAUUUUGUGUUUAAAAAUUAUUGUUCUGAAAUUAUGUGCAUUACGUUAUGUGUGUAGUCAUGUAUUGCUUUCGUCUAUUAUGAGGUAAAAUGUUCCUUCGCAUACGCUAAUUUCCUUUAUAUGUUUACUAUGUGUUUUGUACUUCUUUGCUUCAGAUUUAGAUUUUAUUUGUGAAUUCAUUUCGUCUUCAUUAAAGGAAACGUCAAAAGAAUUAAAAGUAUCAUGUUUGUAUUUGAAAAUAAUUUUCAUUAAUUGAUGACGAGAUAAAUUUGUUUAUAAAAACAAACGGCUUCUGUGUUAAUGCUUAUGCAUAGCUUGUUUUACUUGCUGCUGAUAAAUAAGAAUUUUUGUGAAAAAUAUGCUUUCUUAUUUAAAUUUGAAGGAUUUGAAAAGUUUCGGCAGUUUUAAGUGUAUUGUAAAUCUAUGUGAAGAUAUAUUAAUUUACUUUGAAAUAAAAUAAUUCAAAAUUAA